AGGCCUCCUCACAUCUACGUGAACCAGUGGCAGCUCUUCUGCGAUCCCUUUCGUCUGCAGCUAGAAGGGUUAUUGUGAUCCAUGACUCCCUAAUGGCGUCUGUGGUGCAAGAUGCCACUGACAUUGCAAAUGCUGAGAAUUACACUUUUCACAGCGUCUCUGCCUUUACCAUGUUCUUGUAUCUCUGGGAGGGAAUGGGAAAACCUUUGAUAGACAGCACUCAUAUCCCCAAAGAAGUUCCUUCUCUUGAAGGAUGCUUCCCAACCCAAUUCCUAGAUUUCAUUGCUUCACAGUAUAUAUUCCAUAAAUUCAAUGAAGGGUACAUUUACAACACAAACAGGGCAGUAGAAGGUCCAUACAUGGAGCUAAUAGAACGAAUCAGCGGUAGCAAGAAGCACUGGGCUCUAGGACCGCUCAACCCUUUGACCAUUGAGAAGAAAAGUAAUAAAGCAAGGCACUUAAGCUUGGAGUGGCUGGAUAAACAGAAACCAAAGUCAGUGAUAUAUGUAUCUUUUGGGACUACAACAGCCUUCACGGAGGAGCAAAUCAAACAGCUUGCGAUCGGAUUGGAACGAAGCGAGCAAAAGUUCAUCUGGGUACUAAGAGACGCUGAUAAAGGUGACGUCUUUAACGGAGAAGCUAGGAGAGCUGAGCUUCCAAGGGGAUUUGAAGAGAGAACUGAAGGCAUUGGAUUAAUUGUGAGAAACUGGGCACCCCAGUUGGAAAUUCUAAGCCACCCUUCAACGGGAGGGUUUAUGAGUCAUUGUGGGUGGAAUUCGAGCAUGGAGAGCAUCACUAUGGGGGUGCCAAUAGCAGCAUGGCCAAUGCACUCGGACCAGCCAAGGAAUAGAGUUCUGAUGACAGAAGUGCUCAAGGUUGGUUUGGUUGUGAAGGACUGGGAUCGCAGAGAUGAGAUUGUUACUGCCUCAGAUAUUGAGAAUGCUGUGAGGAGAUUGAUGACAACAAAGGAAGGUGAUGAAAUGAGAAAGAGGGCAAUGAACCUCGAAAAUGCUGUCCGGUGGUCAAUGAAGGAAGGAGGAGAUUCAUGUUUGGAAAUGGACACUUUCAUUGCUCAUAUCACUAGAUAGAGUAUGGUCCUGCUUUUACUACGCCUUACCCGCCAAACGAUGUUAUCGAACGGAAAUGAGGCAGCUUUCGUUGUGUACGCAGAAGCAAGCGAUGAGGUGGGGAAAAAAAUUCGGCGCUACGCCCACAAAAGUUUUAAAAGUCCAUACCCACCAUACUUUUUUCUCUUGCCAGUCUAUACCCACCAUAUCUAAUUGCUGCGACCACGUGCA